AUGCCUCGGAUGAUGAAAGAUUUAUCGUCGUUCAACGUUACUUCGCCUAGUGGGCAGAAGAAUGUCCAGUUUGUGACUGGGAUACCUUCUAGGGCUCUUCCCACUGCUUCAUCCGGCUCGUCGGACUGGGAUCGGUCGUAUUCGUGGGGUGGGCAGGCGAAGGGGAAGGUUCGAGCUCAAGCUCAGAAUUCGGGCUGGAGCUCUGGAAGGGAUGGUAAUGGUGGGUGGGGUGAUGAUGGUGAUGAGGAGGAUCAGGAUGGGGAUGAGGAUGGAGAUGGAGAAGAGGGUGGUGGUAGUGGGAAUGGGGAGGUACCCCCGAUAUCGAACUGGCACCCUGACGAAGUCUCCCUCCAAGUUCUAUACCCCAAAGGAUCGAUCAAUCCUGCUCAGAAACCGCAAGGAGGAGCGGAGUUUUAUGCGUCGCCUAUUGAUCUCUCUGCUGCUUUUUCCUCUUCCUCCCCUCUCUCGUCCUCUUCUUACUCCCCCGGUCGUGGAAGCUCGAGCUCGAACAGAAAUCCCAACGUAACACUCCGCUACAGCGUGUACUUUCCUUUGAACUUUGACUGGGUCCUAGCUGGGAAGUUGCCUGGGUUGUACGGCGGUCAUACGGGUUGUUCGGGAGGGAAUGCUGCGCUUGAUUGUUUUAGUACGCGGUUGAUGUGGAGGCAGGGAGGGGUGGGGGAGUUGUAUCUGUAUGCAUCCAAAACGAAACAACCACCCUCCCUCUGCUCCGACCCCCAAAGCGUCUGCGACGCCGCGUAUGGGUUCUCCGUCGGGCGCGGGUCGUUCCGGUGGGUACCGGGUCAGUGGACGACGGUGGAGCAGACGGUUGUGCUUAAUACGCCUGGGAGGGGGGACGGGUGGUUUGUGCUUGAUGUGAAUGGGAGGAGGGUGGUGGAGAGGGGGGAUGUAUUUUAUAGGGAUGUUUUGUGGCCUUCUGGGGGAGGAGGUGCAGGAGGAGGGGGAGGAGGGGGUAAAGGUGGGAGUGAGGGAGGAGGGGAAGGGAAGGAGAAGACGAGUACGGGUGGAGGAAGUCCAAAACCCACUCCGCCUCCUCCACCUCCCCGGCCGACACCGCCUAGUAACGACCCGCUGGGCGAUAUCCUUGGGCCCCUCCUAAGCCAGAUUGGUAAAUUGAUAAGGAGGGACGGUGGGGUCUCUUCGACUGUGUACGAGGGCCAUGAGGACGGUGGACCGACUACGACGAAAGGUGCUACUACUACUACUGCUUCAAGUUCGACAUUGGAGGCUGCUCGCGGGGAGGUGGCAGCACCGACACCUCGUCCGCCUGUCCAAGCGGUCGACGAGGCGGCUGCUUCGACGCCUACCCCUGAUUCAUCUCCAUCCCGGGAGGGUGGUAGACUCCUGAUACGAGCAGCCCAACCCGAAAGACAAGGAAACUCGAUUGGAUUUAUCGGGAUAUUCUUCAGCACGUUCUUUGGAGGGCAUGCGGACAAGUACGCGACACCUAGAGAUCAGUAUGUGUGGUUCAAGGAUUUCGCUUUGGCUGUGAACGACUAG